GCUGGAUGCUGUGGAAAAGAUGAGAGUUGGAGGAUCUGGAGGCUUCACAAAGGACAUGUUCACCAAAGCUCUGAUAGAAACGGUUUCCAAACUUAACACUGAAUUAAAGGAUGUGAAACAGAGGAGUGCAAUGGCAGGUACUGAUGAAAGUCAGAGCACAGAGUGUGUCCGGAUGGUGCUGAUUGGAAAGACCGGCAGUGGUAAGAGUGCAACAGCAAACACCAUUUUGGGCAAAAAGCACUUCACACCAAGAAUCACCCCAAAGCCAGCAAACAAGACUUGUGAGGAAGCGAGAGGAGAGAUUGACGGGCGGCCUGUUGUUGUGAUCAACACUCCCGGCUUGUUUGACACGACUCUGUCUGAUGAUGAAGUCCAACAGGAACUUGUGAAAUGCAUCAGCAUGUUGUAUCCUGGACCUCAUGUGUUCUUACUGGUGCUGCAGAUUGGCCACAUUACACACGAGGAAAAGGACUCUGUGGAGCUGAUCAAAAAGGUUUUUGGCAAAAAGUCUGAAGAUUUCAUCAUCAUUGUUUUCACCAGAGGAGAAGAACUGGAAGGUCAGUCGAUUGAGGGUUAUAUUGAAGAUUGUGAUGUAUUUGUUAAAGAACUCGUCAGUGACUGCGGAGGAAGAUACCAGGUCUUCAGAAACAAAGAUGACACAAACCACACACAAGUGAGAGAGCUGCUGACCAAGAUCGAUGCCAUGGUGAGGGCUAACGGCGGCUGCUACACCACAGAGAUGUUCCAGUGGGCAAAGGAAAUCAUUCAAAAGGAGGUGGAGCAAGUUAUGAAAAGGGACCAGAUGCAGACACAGAGCAUUAACAAAAGAAAAGAUGAAGAAAUGCAACAGAUGCAAAUAAAACUGGAGACCCAAAUAUCCGAAAUGGAACAGAGAGCUAAACAUCAGGAGGAACAAAGUCAGCUUAAAAUGCAGGACGAAAUGCAAAAGCUGAGAGAAGAACUGGAGUACAUGAAGCGAAAACAGGCUGAAAAGAAAAACAAAUGCCCCGUCCACUGA